CAAAUCUAAAUGCUCCUCACCGGUUACGUUAGCCACACACCACCGUCAAACACCAAAUGAUCAGCUCAUUCUAAUAAAUUAACGUCUACACCAAGCUUCUCCGAGUCUUCGAUGCCUUCUUCUGGGGCUUUUUUUUUGUUUAACAACACGGUUGUACUACCGAUGCACUUUGAUCUCUCAGCCGAUUAGUCCAUUAGCCGUCCAUCAAAUGUUUCAUAACAAACCUUAACGCCCGAGGCGACGGCUCUAAUUCCCGCUUCGUGAUCUUGGGAGCGCGUGAAUUCUAACGAUCUCCGGGGGCCGGGAACGACUCAGACCGGGGCUGUUUGCUGACGAGGGCAAUCAGUUUGUGUCUGAGUGUCUCGGUCCGAACACGGUGUGAUCUCGGUUAGCGGAUCCGUAAUCGCACGAUGAGUGCAAAACGUCAGAACUUCCGAGCGGCGUCUACCGUUGGCGUAAUUUUAGCGUUGUUUACACUGCACAGUUUGAGCGAGGGCAAGGUGUUUGAAAAAUGUCCUCUGGCUAGAAUGCUGGACAAGCAGAAGAUUUCUUCACGAUCACUAAUCUCCAACUGGGUGUGCCUGGCAAUGGCCGAGAGUGGCGGUGACACUAGCAAAGUAACCACACUGGACAACGAGUCCGCCAGCUACGGUAUCUUCCAGAUUAACAGCAAAACCUGGUGCCGAGAAGGACGCAAAGGUGGUCGUUGCAAUAAAAAGUGUGAAGACUUCCUGACCGAUGAUCUUAACGACGACAUUGAGUGUGCCAAGCAGAUCUACAGUGAUGGCGGUUUCGGUGCGUGGAAGGGCUGGGUAAACCGGUGCAAGCAGAAGACUCUACCCGAUUUGUCAUCAUGCUGGACUUAGGCCCCGUCGCCACACUACAUUGUUAGUAGACAUUAGACAAUGUAGACAGGAAAAAUGUUCCAAAUAAAAUAUUUGACUUUUGUUGCUUCGUAAC